CGGGGAGGGACCGACGCCCCACCUCCCCAGCGCCGCCUCCUCCGACGAUCAACCAGACGGGGUCGCGGCCCCUUUAAGAAGGCGGGGGUAUGGGCGGGUCCCGUCGGCCCCCGCGCGGCGCUGUGCACUUCGGGAUUUGGGGUUCCGCGGACCGACCUGCCGCCCAGCUUGCUUCAAGAGCUCCUCCCUGAGAGCGUGUGGCUUGGAGGCUCGGGCUGGCGUCGACCUCGGAGAGGGCUAGUCGCGGCCCCUCUCAGAGGCGGGACGUGCAGGCCCCGGCGUGGCGGUGGGCGGCGCUGUGCACGCCGGGAGCUGGAGCAGAGGGCGGGAGCGAGGUCCCGUCGGCUCCCGUCGGCCUUCGCGCGGCGCUGUGCGCGCCGGGAGCCGGAGUCCCGCGGCCCGACCGUCCCCGGGCGAGCGUCCCGGAGCCGCGGCCCGCGCCAGGGCGGGGCGGCCAGCUGCGCCUGCGCGGGGCCCGGACCUGAGGGACGUGGAGAACAUGAAGACUGUGCAGUCUUUUGAACUGAUGAAGAACAAGGCUUUGUCUUCCUGUAAUUCUGAAAUGAAGUUGAGUCACCCAACAAGAAAGCUCAGUUCAGCUAAAAUGUAGGCAUUAGGAAUAGAGGCUGAAACAGACCCUGGAGUGGCUUCAUUGGCUUUCCUGCUUCUUUUGCAUCCCAAAGCAUAAGCUUAAGUCAUCCCAGAAGGACAAGGUCCGCCAGUUUAUGGCAUGUACUCAGGCUGGGGAAAGAACUGCUAUCUACUGCCUAACACAGAAUGACUGGAAACUAGACGAGGCCACGGACAGCUUCUUCCAAAACCCAGACUCAUUCCACAGGGAAUCCAUGCGGAACACAGUGGACAACAAGAAGCUGGAGCAGCUGUAUGGCAGGUACAAAGACCCACAAGAUGAAAACAAAAUUGGAAUUGAUGGGAUCCAACAGUUUUGUGAUGAUUUAAACCUAGAUCCUGCCAGUAUCAGCGUUUUGGUCAUAGCGUGGAAGUUCAGGGCAGCAACUCAGUGUGAAUUUAGCAAAAAGGAAUUUGUAGAUGGCAUGACAGAGCUUGGGUGUGAUAGCACAGAAAAGCUAAAAGCUCUUCUGCCAAGACUGGAACAAGAGCUUAAGGACACAGCGAAGUUUAAAGAUUUUUAUCAGUUUACCUUUUCCUUUGCUAAGAACCCUGGGCAGAAAGGUUUAGAUUUAGAAAUGGCUGUUGCAUAUUGGAAGCUAGUAUUAUCGGGCAGGUUUAAGUUUCUAGAUCUCUGGAACACAUUCUUAUUGGAACAUCACAAAAGAUCGAUUCCAAGGGACACUUGGAACCUUCUACUAGAUUUUGGAAACAUGAUUGCAGAUGACAUGUCCAACUACGACGAGGAAGGAGCGUGGCCUGUUCUCAUAGACGACUUUGUAGAAUAUGCGCGGCCAGCAGUCACAGGGGGAAACGUGGCUCUUUCCAGGCAGAAAAUUAAGAUGGAUUGAGAGUGCAAAAUGAAUUGCGUCCUGCAGGGGGACGUUUUGGUCUGCUGCUGUGCACGUUUGUUGCUGAUUUCAGAGGACAGCCUUGCCCCGUCACGAAACUGGAAUAACCAUCUUAUUCUGCAUAACGAUGAGGGUGGCUGAUUUGGGACAUCAUAAGAAGUUCCUCAGAAGAUAACAGCUUUGGAUGUUUGAGACUUGCCAUCACAGCUGUUGCUUUAGGAGAUUUCUGCAUGAUUUUUGUAUUUACAAAGAAGUAACAUCCAGCCUGUUUGUAGGAUUGCAGAGCAUGCCAUUUAAUUCAUGAUGUAAGGUGUACACCAGCAAUUGUCAGAACUCCUGCUAAGUUAUAUUGUAAUUAGGGCUGGCCUGUGGCUCACUCGGGAGAGUGUGGUGCUGAUAACACCAAGGCCACGGGUUCGGAUCCCAUAUAGGGAUGGCCGGUUUGCUCACUGGGUGAGCGUGGUGCUGACAACACCAAGUCAAGGGUUAAGAUCCCCUUACCGGUCAUCUUUUAAAAAAAAAAAAAAAAGUUAUAUUGUAAUUACACUUAAAAAACAGUAUUGUGUCCUCCGUAGAAUGUCACAUUUUUAUACAAGUCAGAGCUGUUAAAAAUGUGCCUUAAGGAAGAUGAUCUUGUCAGAGUCUAAUGUUUUUUUAAACUUGGUGCGAGGAAUUCAAGAUUUAUAUUUUUUGAAUUAUCCAGUGUCUAGAUUUAUGAGAUCUAUUUUUGUUCUCAUUUCUCUAGGUGUUCAUCUGAAAAUCACUUUAUAGUUUUUAAUACACCAUUACAGUUUGCACAGUGGUGGCCCACGUAGCGUGUGAUUCCAGCAGAGUUUUGUUUUAAACCGGUUAUACAUCCGUGGGCCUCUUUUACUUCUAAUAAUGUCAUUUAGACUCCCUGAGAAGUCUUGUAAGGUAUGUUUUUAAAAAAUUUAUUAUGCUUAAAAAGGUGUUUUUCCAUGAAAAAUAUUUAUUUUAUGAGUGAUGAAUUGUAGAAUUAAAAAUGGAAUGGGGUGGUUCCUUUCCCUGUCUGUAAUAUCCAUACUGCCCAGCACCCAGACCUUCAUGCAGUUGUACACAUUUGGAAGCUAAAAUGUGCGAUGUUGUCCAGAAAACUCCCAGACCCAAAACCUUCAUCUUAUCUGCAAGCUGAGGUCAGCCUUUGCACCGUGCUGUCGUCCGUCUUUCUGGUGUCUGCUGCUGAAGGAGGACGCGUGAGAGCAGGCCAGGCAUGCAGGGCUACAGGCCGCCUGCUCUCCUGGUGCCUUGUUUUGAACAUUGCUGUGUUGAACCUACCUCACACUUCCCAAGACCUUCACAUCACAAGGUGCCUUGCCGUCUGUCUGCAACCCAGCACAUGGCGCAGAGGAGCUGGGCUUGCUCCACAGGACAGAGGAGAGUCUCUCCAGGCGUCCUGCACAGAUGGCAUGUCCCAAAUGUGCUGGGUGAUUGGCUUCCAAGAUCAAGACUCACUCCGUGCUUUAAGAAGCGUCUCCUUACAGCAUGAGGUUUGUGUGCACUGCUGUGGGGUAAACUGAUGUUUCUGGGUGGAAGCCUUUCGCAAAGGUGCAGGGGCAGGACUGGGAAGUGACUUGCAGACCAGUCUCAGCCCUAGUCAGCCCCUGCCUGGUCGUGUGACCCCACGCCUGGUCGCGUGACCACAUACUUGGUUGUGUGAUCUCAGGCGAGAAAUGUAACCUUUCUCAGGCUCUGCUUCCAUGUGUGUAAAAGGAAAAACUGGGCCGUCUCUACCUUUAAAGUCUGAUUCACAGAGAGCAUUUAUUUAAUUUGAUAAAAACCUCGAAAAUGUUAAAGCAUUCUUCUAGGCUCCAUGGCUUGACAUGUAAUUGUUCUGUUCAGAGAAGUUUAUAGAAUUCAGAUAAUCUUGUUUAAAUUAUGGAGGUCAACAGUACUUUCUUAUUUUUAAGAUUUAAAGUUCUGUGGGAUUAUCAGCAGAUAUCAAAAUAUUAGUAAUUGGACAAAGGCUUUUCAAAAUAUUGUGGUUUCUUUUUCUUUUAUUAUAUAUAUGUGAGUCAUGCAUGCUAUGAAAAUGCUGGGAGCCUCAGAAACAUUAAAACUAUUUGCUCUGGCA